AUCCUUGGCCUCUUCUAUAUUCCUGGGGCACUUCGCUCGAUUUUAGCCUCAGCCAUAGGCGGUCCAUUGACCGAUUACAUUAUGAAACGUGAAGCUCGAGAUGCUGGAAGACGCUCCGCUGAUGGUGAGUUGCAGUUUCGACCCUCAGAUCGCAUGUGUUAG